CGGAAGCGGAUGCGGCCGGGCUGACCGGAGCGGCCGGCGCGGGGAGGCAGAUGGCGGAGUCCGGGCCGCAGCCCCUGGGGGCCCCGAGCCGGCACGAGAAGAGCCUGGGGCUGCUCACCACCAAGUUCGUGUCGCUGCUGCAGGAGGCCAAGGACGGCGUGUUGGACCUCAAGCUGGCAGCGGAUACCUUGGCGGUGCGGCAGAAACGGCGAAUCUACGACAUCACAAAUGUUCUGGAGGGCAUUGGGCUGAUUGAGAAGAAAUCCAAGAACAGUAUCCAGUGGAAAGGUGUGGGCCCGGGCUGUAACACUCGUGAGAUAGCACACAAACUCAUUGAGCUGAAGGCAGAGAUAGAGGACCUGGAGCAGCGCGAACAGGAGCUGGAGCAGCAGAAGAUGUGGGUCCAGCAGAGCAUCAAAAACGUCACAGAAGACGUACAGAACAGCGGAUAUCCUUUCAGCACACCCAGCUCCCGGAAGCUGCACCUUUUCUCCUUAACCGCGGGAACGUUAGCCUAUGUGACGCACGAAGAUAUCUGCAAGUGCUUCACAGGAGACACCCUCCUAGCAAUUCGAGCACCGUCAGGCACUCGGUUGGAGGUUCCCAUUCCGGAGGGCCUGAAUGGACAGAAGAAAUAUCAGAUCCAUCUGAAAAGCACUAGUGGUCCAAUUGAUGUCCUCCUUGUAAACAAAGAUGCUUUGAGCUCCCCCCCUGUGGUGCUCCCUGUCCCUCCCCCUGAAGACCUCAUUCAAUGCCAGCCAGUCGUGCCCGCUAAACCACAGAGAUCGCCUGUUGCCCACUUCCAGGAGGCAUCUGUCCCCAGCAGUACGCACCCGUCCACGCCCACGCCGACCAGCACUCAGGACCACAGCCCAGCUGCACAGAAAACAACGAGCCCAGAAUGCAGCGUUUCUGCAGCAGAGUCCAAGAGCAGCAGCGACUUCGACCCUCUCAGCUCAGUGGCCGCGCCAGCCAGCCAGCCACCGGUAUUAGAUACGCAGCCGCUCCAGUCAUCUGCCUCGCUAGACAGCAGCUCCGUCCUGCCCAAUCCCUCUACCUCCUUUGAGCCAAUCAAGCCAGAUCCCACAGAGAUGCUGGAACUUCCCAGAGAACUCUCGGAGAUGUUUGAGCCAACACGAGAAUGUGUGAACUCCGAGCUGCUGGAAGAGCUGAUGUCGUCCGAAGUAUUUGCUCCCUUGCUCCGCCUCUCCCCUCCCCCCGGAGACCACGACUACAUCUACAACCUGGAUGAGAGCGAAGGCGUCUGCGACCUCUUCGACGUGCCUAUCCUCAACCUCUGACUCCCCGGCGUGGCGGCCGGGCUGGUGAACGGACUGUUUUGUAGCUGGCUUUGGAAAGUCUCUUCGGAUUCCUUUUGUGCUAGUGCUGGAUGAGUCAGAGGGGCUCUUGGCAAGACAUGGACUUGCGGACUGGGAGCCUCCCCGUAGCUUCUCUCUUCCCGUGUUGCACAUGCCAGGUCCUUGAGUUACCUCACCCUACUACAUCUCUGUCUCUCCACUGGAUCCUAGGCCUCUUUUGAAAGGCUCCGUAUUUGAAUCUUCCCUGUACAGCUUUGCCCAUGUGCCUCACAGAGCUUCCUUCCAUCCGCAUGCCUUGGAUUUCCUGCACUUCCACAGGCACUUUGCAUCUCCUAGGCAUCAGCUGCCAGAGGGCAUCUUAGUAUGAUGGUCAGUUAGCAAGCCCAGAAGUAGUUAGCUGAACCCAUCAGUGGACGGCAGCCUUGGCCCCUCUCCGAUUAGGGUGGGUGUGCUCGGCUGUGAAAAUUGGCCCUGUGAGCUCUGGUCCUCAGUGACUCCAGCUAGUUCAUUUGACAAGUGAAGAGCAAUUGGCAGCUGCUAGCUGUGCUGCUCGGGCCCAGGAGCUGAGCUGAGUCAUGCAUUCCCCCUGCUCUCUCCCUGGUAGGGUUGGCGAUCCUGCAUCAGGCCUUGUUAUUUAAACCUCUGUGCUGAAACAUGAAGAGGCUCCAUUUCCACUCCCUCUCCUGGAGCUGUGCUGAGGGGCUGUUUUUUCUGACAUCUGGGAAUCAAUCUGUCCUCCUCACCUUGUGCUCAAGCCUGGGUUGGCGUGGCAGGAGGCAGAGGUGGACCCAUUCGGUAGCACUUUGCCAUGACAAGUUGCUUCUGUUUUGCUGAAGCACAGACAGCAAUGUCCUCUGAGGCAGACCAAGCAUCUGCUUCAGGGUGGGGUUUGCCAGUGCGUUAGGGGUUCUUCCCCUGUGGCCUGAUGGCCUUUGCUUUCCUUCCUGAUCUGGUGGCAGGGUGCUACCUGGUGUGAUGCUCUCUCUGCGUCUCCCCUCUCCUGCCCAGUUUUUCCUCCUCCCUUGUUAACGGAAGGUCUUCUGUAAUUUUUGGCGAUUUGAGGCUCUCUCUGCCUUGCAUGCCUCUGAAUUUUGGUCAUGGGAGUAGAAAACCCCUCUGCAGGUGGUGCAGUCAGUCUCUGGGUUUGCACUGUGUUUGCCAGGCUCCACCUCCCCUGAUUCGGGAUUUGAGAAAAAUCUUAGCUUUGCACCUUUCUUGAACAUCCGACUGCAGCAGCUCCCUUGCUUCUGCUGGCUGCAGAGCUGCUAGUGCUGGGGCUGGAUCUAGAAGGGCCACUGCCUGUCCUCUUGCAGCUCUCAGCCACCCCCUCCGUCCCCCCC